AUGGCCGAUACUAUGGUGUCAAUUGUUCGCUCACCACUAUCCGAAGCAUCGAAUCGAAUCAACUCGAAUUAUCCUACUCAGGAAGGUCAGCGCCACAAGCCGCGGUAUGACCGCCCUAACUCAUCGGCUGUCAACAAUACCGCACGUACAAGCCAUGGGCACCCGACUGCAUACUUUUCUGGCCGACCUCCUACUCAACAGCAGCCUCCAGUUUCAACACCUCAAGAGCAAGCCACUUUAAAGCCUCCCAGUGUUAUGGACGAUGAACGUCGACAUUCGGCGGCAUCUUACGAUUCUUCAGGAAGUGGCCGCAGCAAGAAGAACUACAAGACGCAUAUAGGGCCGUGGCAGUUAGGCAGGACCCUUGGCAAAGGCUCAUCUGCGCGCGUAAGACUAUGUCGCCACACAGGUACAAAUCAGCUGGCUGCCGUCAAGAUUGUCAACAGACGGAUGGCGUAUCUUGUCCAAGAUAGUAGUUUGGCUGCUCUUAGCAAGUGGGACAAUAAUCUCCCAGAACAGAUCGAUGGCGAGAUGCGUGUUCCCAUGGCUAUUGAGCGAGAAGUGGCAAUCUUGAAGCUCAUCGAACAUCCGAACAUAAUGAAACUAUACGAUAUCUGGGAAAACCGGUCAGAGGUCUACUUGAUACUUGAAUAUAUCGACCAAGGUGACUUGUUCACCUUUAUCAACAUGAAGGGCCGCCUGAGUGAGGAAGUUUCUAUCUUCUUCUUCCGACAGAUCAUCAGCGCCAUCUCAUACUGCCAUUCCUUCAACAUCUGCCAUCGAGACCUGAAGCCUGAGAACAUCUUGAUCAGUGCCGAUCUGCAGAUCAAAAUUGCCGACUUUGGCAUGGCUGCUCUCCAUCAAACAGACACACACCAACUUGCUACAGCUUGUGGCAGUCCUCACUAUGCUGCACCUGAGCUCCUCAAGAACAGACAAUAUAGGGGCGACAGAGCAGAUAUUUGGAGCAUGGGUGUUAUCCUAUUCGCAAUGCUUUCAGCCACUCUUCCAUUCGAUGACCCUGAUCUUCGUGUGAUGAUGGCUAGAACGAAGAAAGGACAGUACGAGAUGCCAAGUUUCCUCAGCCCAGAAGCCGAGGACCUGAUCAGGCGAAUGUUACAGGUCAACCCCGAUAGACGCAUCACUCUCAAGGAUAUAUGGCGCCAUCCUCUGAUUCGGAAGUAUGCAUAUCUGGAUAACCUUUGUGACAUCAACAGCCAGCCGCCUGAUAUACGCAAAGGUUUUCAGUAUACCCCAGUACCUACAAAGGAUGUUGAUCCGCAAUUGGUUCGACAAUUACGAUCUAUGUGGCACAUGUUUAGUGAAAAUGAUUUAAAGCUCAAGCUUACAUGUGACGAACCCAAUGAUCAAAAGGCUUUCUAUUGGUUGUUACACCACUACCGCGAGCAACAACUGGAAGACUUCAAGCCUGAGCUUGCCCACUCUACAAGUGACUACCACCAUAUGAAGCCCGGCACAUGGAAGAAACGCGUAUCGACAUGCGAAUUUGCACAGCCGAGCGGCAACGGUCACGGGCGUUCCAUAUCACGGUUCACUGUGAUUUCGAAUGCCACUGAGCCAGAGCUAGCAAUAAACCAGGAACCAUUCCAAACAGAACGUGCGAUACACUCUCGUGAUUCCCAAAAAGGACAGUCGCUGGUCAGUGUCCACCGUUACUCUUAUGCAGAGAAUGGUUCUUAUACUGGGCAGCCAAAAAGGCUUCGGAGCGGCUCAGGCGCACGACGCGGACGCGGGACCUCAAACCGCAAUUCUACCACAGGGCGCCUUCAGUCGUCUCGAGGGUCGCUCUCUUCGAUGCACAGCAGUCGGCAAGGUACACCUCAUGCGCGGAGUUUGCGACACAGGCGUGGAGUUGACUUCACACAUGUCCGGAAGAGAUCGACGUCAUCCUCCAAUCGCAAUAGGAGUGGCUCAAUGCCUCCUUAUGUUACGGAGCAAGGUUCAACAUAUCAGAUCGAAAUGAUUCGAUCUCACACACCAGAACUCCCAAGCCUACCUAGUGGUGUGCUUCCAAAAUUGGCGGAUGGACAUGACCCUCAAAAACGCUCCUCGGGGCAAGCGUUACGGAUAGCGCUUGGGUCCCGAUACGCCUCCGAAAUCUUCAAGGAGGAACUGCGCCACUUUAGCAGCAAUAUUGCCAAGGACUGUGACGAGGCGUUCAAAAGCUCACUGAUAGAAGAGGACUCCAUCGCUGGCUCGCUGACUGAACCAGACCGCACCCAGUACGAAUCUACACCGUUUUCCUUCACCAUCGACGCACCCGAGGAUUCGGCCGCAGAUGUUCUCGAGCUUUCGAAGAAGUCUUUCAGCAACCGACCCCUUCCACCUCUGCCGACUCCGACGCCAAGCUACAAUGGUCAUUCGUUGGCCCCAACACCCACUGGUUCCAGACCAGUGACUGGGGAAUCUUAUUCGGAAGAAUUGAGCUCAGAGCAGGUCGAGGUAGCCCAGCCAGUUCUGCUUACGAGACACACUGAGCGCCGGGUUGUCUCAGCUCCGACUUAUACUCAAAAGCACAAAAGAAGUGCUGCGCUGCCAUCCAUCAACGAAGCUGGAGCAGCGGCCAACGACAAAGCUCGUAUCGUGUCAGCGCCUCCGCAUACACCAACAAAGAAAGGGAUUGAUAGAAUCCGUGGCAUCGAAUACUUGAGUCAAGUCGAAAACAGCAUUCGUGUGGUCCAUUCGCCAGGUGACGAGAGCCCGGUGAAGAUUCCCGAGCCACUCAACGUAAGGAAGAAGGCCCCUGAACCCGAACAACGGAACUCGGCUCCUGCUGCACAACUUCGAGAAUUGGACUCGGCGUCGCAACGCAGUGUGGAUGGUGGCACCACUGCCACAACACUUUCGCUGGAGCCCCCUUGCCAUGAUGCUCAGGCGGCAACAAAGAAAAAAAAACUGUCUUGGUUCAAACGAUCUUCAAAAGUUGAGUCAGAGCCCAGCCAGGAGUCCGUUGAGUGGCAAGAUUGCACUUCGUACUUGACUUCUAGUGAUGGGAAGCGAAGCGAUUCAACGUCAACAGAGGCUCCGACUAAGAAGAAGACUUUCCACUUUUCUUUUUGGAAGAGCAAUAAACAAAGAGACUCUGUUAUGUCAAUCGCCAGACCUGAGCAGAAAGAAGAGCGACCUUCACUGGAGAUCAACAUCAUGGGUAAGACACACGUUUCCGCCAAGGUAUCUCAGACCAAAUGGCACGAGUCUGGCUCCGGCCCAGUGCGCAACAUUGAGGUGAAACAAAACUGGCUCGCACGCCUGUUCAGAGUCAAACCAGCAACAGACCACAUUUGCAUGACGAUUUCGAGGAGACGAGCACGUCAGGAGGUUACCAUCCUCCUACGAGAAUGGCGCAAGUACGGCAUUCGAGACAUUCAAGUGGACAAACAAAGGAACAUUGUCUUUGCACGGAUUGCAGCUAAGAACUUUUUGAAUCUGAAAGAAGUAUCCUUUGCCGCAGAGGUCGUUACAGUGAUUGAGCAUGGUAAGAAACAGCCACUCAGCAUCAUUCGGUUCACGCAGGAGCGAGGAGCAGCCAGCAGCUUCCACAGAGUAGUCGACACAAUGAACAUGAUCUUCGACGCAAGAGCUUUGGUGGUAGCCGACAGGAACAAGCGAAAGAUGAUGAUCAAGACACUCAACUCGUAA